UAUCCAACAUGGCGACAAGCGGAGGGAGAGGUAGGAGCGGGGCCAGCAUGGACAAGAGCAUCACCCUUCCGCCUGACGAAAUAUUCCGCAACCUCGAGAACGCAAAGCGCUUUGCCAUUGAUAUAGGUGGAUCCCUAACCAAAUUGGCUUAUUAUUCCACUGUUCAACAUAAAGUAGCCAAAGUAAGGUCAUUUGACCACACAGGAAAGGAUACAGACCAUGAAAUGUUGUAUGAAAUAUCCGAACAAGAGGAGAUCACAGCCCGACUCCACUUCAUUAAAUUUGAAAACACAUACAUAGAGACCUGUCUGGACUUUAUCAAAGACCAUCUAGUGAAUACAGAGACCAAGGUUAUCAAAGCUACAGGUGGCGGAGCCUACAAAUUCAAAGACCUCAUUGAAAAGAAAUUAGGACUGAAAGUGGAUAAAGAAGACGAGAUGACAUGUCUCAUAAAGGGGUGUAAUUUUGUACUGAAGAACAUCCCCCAUGAAGCGUUUGUCUAUGUGAAGCAUGCCGAUCCUGAAUUUCGAUUCCAGACCACUCAUCCCAACAUUUUCCCAUAUUUACUAGUUAAUAUCGGCUCAGGAGUCUCAAUAGUUAAGGUAGAAACAGAAGACAAGUUUGAACGCAUCGGUGGAAGUUCUAUAGGAGGUGGAACGUUCUGGGGGCUCGGAGCGCUUCUCACAAAGACAAAGAGGUUUGAUGAGUUAUUACAGCUUGCUGCAAAGGGACAGCACACAAAUGUGGACAUGCUGGUGAAAGACAUAUACGGAGGGGCUUACCAAAUUCUGGGAUUAACCGGGAACCUAAUCGCAAGCAGCUUUGGCAAGUCUGCCACUACAGACAAAGAAUUCUCCAAAGAAGACAUGGCAAAGAGCUUAUUGCACAUGAUCAGCAAUGACAUUGGUCAGCUGGCCUGCCUCUAUGCCAAACAGCACAACCUCUACCAAGUAUACUUCGGGGGUUUCUUCAUCCGGGGUCACCCGGUUACAAUGCACACUAUUACCUACAGUAUAAACUUCUUCUCCAAGGGAGAAGUCCAAGCACUUUUUCUCAGGCAUGAAGGCUAUCUUGGUGCCAUUGGGGCAUUUUUGAAAGGAGCCGAAGAAGACAAUCCCAAUCUUUACAGCUGGGGAGAAAAUUACGCUGGCAGUUCAGGUCUUAUGAGCACCUCUCCAGACAUAUAUCCCAUGCAGCGCUCCCGAAGUGGAACAUUUGACAUGUUGGAGAUGGAUCGCUUGGAUCGGCAGCUGGUCAACCUUCCUCUGCUGUACGACCCAUCCUCGUAUGUCCCAGAUACAGUGGAUCUUACGGAAGAUGCCAUGGCUCGCGAGUACUGGCUUUCCUGUUUUGAAGAAGCUUUGGAAGGGGUGGUGAAACGAGCUGUUGCCAGCCAGCCAGAUGCAAAGGACGCCACAGAUCGAGCUCAGAAAUUUCAGCAGAAAUACUGGAAUAAGUUGCAAACAUUGAGGCACCAACCAUUUGCUUAUGGGUCCCUAACAGUCCGCAGUUUGUUGGAUACACGAGAACACUGCUUAAAUGAAUUCAAUUUUCCAGAUCCAUAUUCAAAGGUAAAGCAGAAAGAAAAUGACAUAGCCUUAAAGUGUUAUAAGAAAGUUAUCAAAUCUUUGGAUGCGUUGGACUGGGAGGAGAAACAGUUUGCUUUGGUGAAAGGACUGCUCGCAGGGAAUGUCUUUGACUGGGGGGCAAAAGCCGUCUCCGAGGUCCUGGAGUCCGAUGAAGAAUUUGGGUUUGAGGCAGCAAUGAAGAAGCUACAAGCACGCCCAUGGCUGGUUGACUGCUACAGUAAAUGGAUAGAACGACUGAAGGGUCCACCUCAUAAAUGUGCCUUAAUAUUUGUGGAUAACAGUGGCAUAGAUAUAAUUCUGGGUGUUUUCCCAUUUGUUCGAGAGCUCCUUGCCAGAGGUACAGAGGUUAUAUUGGCGUGUAAUUCCGGGCCAGCUCUGAAUGAUGUAACGUUCAACGAAUCCUUAAUUGUCACGGAACGUAUUGCAGCUAUGGAUUCAAUAAUACAGUCCGCUUUACAGGACGACAGAUUGAUACUGGUACAAACAGGUUCUAGUUCUCCUUGCUUAGAUCUUAGCCGCCUAGACAAGGGUCUCGCCAUGUUGGUCAAGGAGAGAAAUACGGAUCUUGUGAUCAUUGAAGGCAUGGGUCGAGCCAUCCACACAAAUUACUACGCAAUUCUUCAAUGCGAAAGUCUUAAACUGGCCGUUAUCAAGAACUCCUGGUUGGCAGAAAGAUUGGGUGGCAAAAUCUUUAGUGUGGUUUUCAAAUAUGAGACGCCACCCAAGUGAGGAAACCACCAACUCUUUAAAAGAAAAAAUACCCAUUCCUCAGCACUAGUUUUAUUCAACAAUUGUAAAGAAUGUAUUUUUAUUACAGGGUGGGGAGUUAAGUUGCUGUAUUUAUAUUGUGCUUUUUGUGCUGAGAUUAAAAAAAGGGCAAUAUGCGUCAGUAUAAAUAUAUAAAUAAAUUUAAAUUAUAUAU